GCCCUCGCUUCGUGUUUGUUCGCUUUUAUCUCUCGCCGCGAUCUCGCUCUAUACCACAGGACAGCUUUCAUCAUAAACCAGAUCACCUCUACUUCAGGACGCACACUAAGAUCUCCCAAUGGCAACCAUCGACGCUCAGGUCCUCAGGGAAAUGAUUAAACAAUUUCGAGUUCUUAUUAUAGGAAGAGCAAACGCAGGCAAAACGACCAUUCUUCACAAGGUCUGCAAUACCACGGAUAAGCCAGAAAUUUACGAUACCAAAGGACACAAGAUCAAUGCGGCCGUCGUGGAAUCAUCGAUCAAGCGUGGAAAUCAUGACAUCAGAAACGAAAUGGUGUUCAAAAGCAAUCCCGGUUUAGUCUUCCAUGACUCAUGCGGUUUCGAAGCGGGUUCUGAAGAGGAAUUCGAGGAUAUGAAGAGUUUCAUCUCAGAGCGGGCAAAUGCGACGAGAUUGGAGGACCGCCUCCAUGCGAUUUGGUACUGUAUUCCGAUGGACGACCAUUGGCGAACAUUUCAACGAUCAGAGGAGAAGUUCUUCUCAGAGUGCGACACUGGGCACAGCGAGUUUUCAGGUCUAUUUUCCUAUGCUUUGCUCGGACUAAAUGAUCCGUCUUCAGUUCCUGUGAUUGUGGUAUUCACCAAGUUUGAAGCUUUACGUCCAAUCGCGUUCGGAGAACUCAAGAAGCAACUGAAAGGGGCAUCAGGAGAAGAGCGCUCAAGAAUGAUUGCUCAGCGGGUCGAAGAACUGUUUACUAACACAGGUGUCUUGGAUCGGUUGUGCGCUCCUGACAACCGUGCACGUCCUAAGUCCCAUGUACGCUUGGCGAAUAUGGAUAAACCGGAUACGAACUGCAAUCUUCUACUGGAACACACCACUCUAGCAUUAGACAACAAAGAAUUGCAGUUGUGCCUGAUUUCAACACAACAGUCAAACCUGGAGCUUUGCAUCAAGUGUGCUGUCAGAACAAUCGUUCAUCGUCUAUUACUACCCGGGCCAACCAAUUUUGAAGUCGAUCAGUAUGAAAUUACUAAGUGGUUUCCACAUCUGAAAGUAAGACGAAGAUUGAUUCAUUCCGACGAUGCCCUUGUAAUAGCGCUCAUGAAUGUUAUCCAUCAUUAACAGCUGGUAAGAUUGCGUUUUAAGAAGGUCAAACAGCAUGAACAACACUGAUGACUUGCACCUCUUCACCUAUUGACAGUCGGUAAUUCGUAAGUGGCUUGAUGG